ACGACGACCGAGUCUCGGAACGUUUCGUUUGUGAUCCUCUGCCUCAUCGAUCGUCCGCUCUAUGCAGACAAGAGAAACAGUGAGUGAGUGAGUGUUGUUUCAUCCGCCUAGGCUCUCUCCAUCCAAUAUCAAUCCGUGUAUGUAGCUAGUGGAUCUGCUAGCUAGCCAAACUCCAUCGGAACUCGCAAAACCGCCUCCAUCAAUACAGACAGUGCACAGGAACUGUAACAACCUUUCGGCUGGAGUUGGUUGCCCUUUGGUGUGGGAUCGAUUCUCAUCCUCCAUCAUGUUGAACUACUAUGCCCAAACGCCCAUCAUGACGCCCAGUCAGCUCAAAAGAUUGGAUGGGCACAAAUACAAUUGCACCAACGAGUCCAUCAUGGAUGCUUUCAUGCAGAAGUGGUGGAACACGGUCAUACAAUGGACUCCGAUGUGGGUGGCUCCCAAUGCGAUCACCAUGAUCGGUUUGAUCGUCAAUAUCCUCACGUCACUAAUUCUCAUGUACUUCUGUCCAACAGCCAAAGAACCAUGUCCAAGAUGGGCGGCCUUAUUGUGUGGAUUUGGCCUGUUCAUUUAUCAGACUUUGGAUGCCAUCGAUGGAAAGCAGGCUCGACGAACGAACACGAUAUCGCCCAUGGGAGAACUGUUUGAUCACGGAUGUGAUAGUGUCAGCACAGUUUUUGUGUCCAUUGCAAGUAGUUGUGUCGUGAGCUUGGGCCAUUACCCGUACUCACUGAUGCUACAAUGCUUUCUGGCCUCGUUCCUCUUCUAUAGUGCUCAUUGGCAGACCUACGUGACAGGAACCAUGCGUUUCGGCAAGUUUGACGUGACCGAGGGCCAGAUGUCGGUGAUGGCCAUGAUGUUCAUCACGGCCAUAUUUGGGCCCCAGAUCUGGGACAUCUCGGUGAUUGGUGUGUCGUUCCGCUACUUGCCUUCCAUGUUUGCCUUUACCAUGGGAUGUAUCGCUUUCUUGGGCAUUCUAAAUAAGAUUAGUGACGGAGGGGUGGGCCGAAAUGGAUCCACCGUGGCGGGGACGUCAAUCAUUGCUCCGGUGAUUCACAUUGGAGCUGUGCUUCUCUCUGGCCUCUACGUGGCCAAGUAUUCCGUUGAGGAUAUCUUUGAGAACAAUCCUAUUAUCUUCGUGAUCCUAUUUGGUCUCAUGGCUACAAAAGUCACCAACAAACUGAUUGUUGCGCACAUGUCCAAAAGUGAGAUUUGGAACCCUUACGAUCUAUCGUUCCUGGUUCCAUUGGUGUUCUUCGCCAACCGCAAAAUGUCGGCCAAAAUUCCUGAGACAUAUCUUCUUACCUUGGGCUUGAUCUUUAUCUCGGUGGAUCUCUACUUUUACAGUUCGGCCAUUUGCAUGGAAAUUUGCAAUCACAUGCGCUUACAUUUGUUCAAGAUCACGGACAAAAGCAAAAAAUCUGAAUAGGCCCUAUUCCGAUCUUGGAGUGCUUCACAAAAGAAAGAAAAUUGUCCCCAUUAUCUACGUAUCAAUGAUUUAAUCAUCAUCGCCAUCCUCGGGUCAUGAUAACGGCUUUGUUAUAAGAAACAACAGAAAGAGAAACUCCCUUUUCGUUAAAAAUUGAGCGAGUCUCUACGUGAUGAGAUUCCUAGACUACAUCUGUCUCUGCUGGAAGUGCUCUGAAACCAAGACUGGGAAAUAAUUUUAUUAUAUUAAGAGUACACGAGCUCAACCAUCACACAUGAAAUAAUCAGAAACUUUCCAAGAGA